AUGGAAAGCCGCUACCAGCCAGAAGGCCUAUCCUUUGGCGAAAAGGAUACCUACAACAACGACCAGUAUCCUCUCACAUCCAAUCCCCUCACAUCAAACCCACCACAGCAACAACAACAAUCACCUCAACCACAACAACAAUCCCAAUAUCCCGCCCAAGUCCGUCAGUCAAACCCAUACGGCCUUCCCACCGGUCCUAGGAUGCAAACACCACCAAACCAAGGGCAGUAUGGCAUGCCGCCUGCGCCUCGAUCAGCCCAACACUCUCCUCAGAACAGCCAGAACGUGAACAACUACUCUCAGUUUCCAAGCCCUCAGCUACAACAACCACAGGCACAGCAACAAGCACCACAACCACAACAGGUGCUUCAGUAUCAACAACCCCCACAGCAACCCCCUCCAAACCCAUACCACUACUCAUCUCCUCCCCCUCUUGCCCCUCCCCAGAACCAAGGUUUCCUUCCUUCUGGCGAGACAAGUCGCUCUAACACAUGGGUCCAAACACCCGCACCCCUUUAUGCAUCCAACAAUGCAUACUUUCCCGCCCAAGUGGACGCUAAUGGCUACCCUGUUGACGUAAAAGAGCUGCACCGACCGACAGAAAACCCCUUUCGGGAUCCAGCUCCUGAACCCGCGCCUCAAAUGGAUACCAUUGACCUCGAGAAGCUCAAGCACGGCGAUGGACAUGGUCACGGAGAAUGGGACAAGCACACCAAGAUUCCUGGAAAGAAGGACCCAAACCAGCCUUACCUCACUCCCGGUCAAAGGCUGGCGCACUACACAUGGGCCAACUACACUCUUACCAUGGCUACUGGUGGUCUUGGUACGCUUAUCGCCAUCCAACCGCAUCCUUUCCCCGGCAUCAAGACCAUUGGUGCCGUCUUCUACAUCCUCAACCUUCUCCUGUUCACCGGUGUCACCAUGACCAUGGUUCUCCGCUUCACCAAGUACGCGGGCUCCUUCAAGGCCUCCAUUUCUCACGAACGUGAAGGUCUCUUCCUCGGCCCCUUCUUCCUGUCCAUCGCAACCAUUAUCACCGGAACCCAGAAAUACGUCAUCGAGUCCUACGACGUCAAUCAUCCCAACCGCUCGUGGGCUGUUACCACAAUGGCAGUCGCAUUCUGGUCGUACACCUUCAUCACCUUCUGCCUGGCCUCCUUCCAGUACUCGUUCCUCUUCUGCAGCCACACCUACAAGCUCAACAGUUUCAUGCCUUCGUGGCUCCUGCCCAUCUUCCCCAUUAUGCUUGCUGGUACCAUCGCAUCGGUCAUUGCAAAGGAACAACCAGUGUCUGCCAGAAUGCCGAUUCUGGUCGCCGGCUUGGGAUGCCAAGGUCUGGGUUUUACAGUUGCCAUUCUCAUGUAUGCGCAUUACAUUGGUCGUCUCAUGCAGGUCGGAUACCCCGAUCGUGAACACAGAGGUGCCAUGUUUAUCGCAGUCGGCCCGCCUUCUUUCACGUGCUUGGCUCUCAUUGGUAUGGCCAAUGCGCUCCCCGACGACUUUGACCUCCAGGGUGAUGGCCUCAUCGACGCCAAGCUCCUCAGGACUCUUGCGCUUGUUGUUGCGCUCUUCCUCUGGGUCCUUGCCAUGUGGUUCUUCAUGAUUACUCUCGUCGCCGUCAUCAACUCAUGGGCCGUCUACUUCCAUCUUGGAUGGUGGGCCAUGGUUUUCCCCAACACCGGUUUCGUCAUUGCCACCAUCUCAAUUGGCAACCAGCUAAGAGAUGAAACGGUGCUGUAUGUCGGCAAUGGUUUGUCCAUUGCCGUCAUCACCAUGUGGGCCUUUGUCCUCUUCAAACACAUCCAAGCCAUCUACGUGGCAGAUAUCAUCUACCCAGGCAUGGACGAGGACAUUGCCGACCACUAG